AUGAGGCAACGUGUGGCCCAGCAGACCCCUCCCUGGCUGUCCCCACUCCAGCCAGCUCUGAUAAGUCACUUCCCAGGAAAGCGAGCAGGAAUGACUCAGACACUUACAGUGCUGCCUAAUAAGUAUGAUUUUAAGCCAGCAUCGCUUGAUACAGCUUGUGAGGGGGACCUCUACGUGGGUAAAGGAGAAGAUGUAACAAUCACUUUGCCACAUAUUCCAGGUUCAACUCCACCAAUGACUGUGUUUAAAGGAAAUAAAAGGCCAUAUCAGAAGGACUGUGUGCUUAUUGUCAAUCAUGACACUGGGGAAUAUAUGCUGGAAAAACUUAAUAGCAGCAUUCAAGUCAAGAAAACAAGAGCAGAGGGCAGCAGUAAGAUCCAAGCCCGAAUAGAACAACAGUCUGCCCGAGCAUCUCAGCCUCCUUCACAGUUCAGAGCCCCAACCAAGCCAGCAGCUGGACCUAAAACUUCUCCUUUGAAAGAUAAUCCUUCUCCUGAGCCUCAGCUGGAUGACAUUAAAAGAGAGCUCAGAGCAGAGGUUGAAAUUAUUGAGCAGAUGAGCAGCAGCAGUGGAAGCAGCUCAUCGGAUUCAGAAAACUCAUCUGGGAGCGAAGAUGAAAGCUCCAGCAGUGAGGGGGAAGAGCCAGCACAUGUUUCCCCUUCCCAGCCACCGCACCAGCAGUAUAACAACAGGAAUGCUGUCGCUAAUGGCACCAGCAGGCCACAAGGAAGCAAUCAGCUCAUGAACACGCUCCGAAAUGACUUGCAGUUGAGUGAGUCUGGGAGCGACAGUGAUGACUAGAGGCUGAGCUUUUACUGUUUCUGUUACAUAUACAUGAAGAACUAAUUUACCUUGAAGUGAUCCUGUUGCUUAUGAAGAGGAGCUGGCACAAACAUAGUUCCACGUGUGGAAUUUCAGUAGAAGAAAUGCAUAGACCUACAAAAUAGCAGAUGUUGAGGGCUCUUUUACUUUGUGAAUUAAGUGUAUAUUUUGUGUAUAUUCUUAUUCUUCCAAAACUUAAAUAGAUAUGUACAGUGGUAAGCCAAUAUAUCUCCCUAUGUUCCUGUCCGUCAUUUGUAAGUUUAAUGUGUAACUAUAUGAUGUCAUCUAAAAAUGUCUUGUUUGUAGAAGAUAUUCAGCCCUUCAUGACUUCAGGGGGGGGCUUUUGUAUAUAGGGUGAGCAUGAGCCAACAAUGAGUUUAAAAAAACAUGCAGGAGCUAGUGUGUGUACUGAAGUAGGACUGUUGUAAACUAAGUUUCAAUACUAAGUGGAUUGAUUUGAGACUUUUCUAAUGUUGUUUUAUUGCUAUUUAUGGUUGAUUUAAUGGAUUUACUUUUAAACAGUUGGAAAAUAGAAAUCAUAAAACCAUGUUCAUCACAAACCUUGCUGCACCAGUGCCUUAUAAGCAGGUUUUUUAAACAGCCCUUCCAUUCCUACCACCUUUCCUAUAGGGAGCAAUACUGAAACCUCCUUGGAUUACUUUUGCAAACAGGAGCUGUAUUUCACAUACAGCCAGAUGUACUCUAAGGGCAGUUGCUCUAGCAAGAAAAAGGAUAUAUGUCAGUCACCUGAACGCAUCCAAAUUAGAACCAGAUCAGCGUUUUCUCUUGCAACUAAGUGUCUCAUUUAACUCAUUCAGACCUAGUCUUCAGAAAUACUUAGGAGCCCAAUUACCAAUGAAAUUGCAGUGUCAGAAACACAAGAUAUUGGACUUACUGAAAUUGUAAGACCAGAGCCUUCUUUGCAGUUUCCUAGAGAAUGCAGGAAGAAGAGAUAACUAAACAAUUAACUGUGAAACACCAGAAGUCUCUCUCCUACCACAGUUGUCCAGGUAGACUUUAGUCCAUAUUAUUUGUUGGAUGGGAUCUCUGUGCUUGGCAGGAGUACACAGAACGUGAAAUAUUUGCCUAGAAUGAAAUUCACCCCUGUUUAAGGGGGUUUAAAGGGUGCUUAGUUAGAUUAUCAUUAACUUUUUUUGCUCAUGUGGAAAAUGAGUGCCAUAGGCAGCCUCUUACAGCUUGAACAGCAGUCUUGACUUUUUAAAACCAAAACUCAACUGGCAUAGGACAAGUGGCACCAUAGUGGUGGUGUAAUCCAGGGCAAUGGGAAGCUGAACAGGAUGUCUCUCCAUUCUUGAGUGUCUGCUUUGCACUGCUUUUGUCUGUCUGUUAGUUUGUGGUUUUACUCCUAUUUGUUUACUGAGCUCUUUAUUUUUUAAGGUGUUGAAGAGCAAAGGGGACAUUUGAAGGGAGAUUUUAUUAAAUGGUUUAUUUUUUUGCAUUAGAUACAUAUUCAGGCAUAUUUUUGCAUUGUUGUACAUACAUUUAAAAAUACUUGGUUUUUUUAAAAGUGUUUUGUGAUGUGGGUACAUAUUUUAACAGACAAUUUUGAAAUAUAUUUGAUGUAAAGCCACAACU